AGAAGAAAGAGGAGGAGAAGGAGAAGGAGAAGGAGAAGUGAGUGUAGUGUAGCAGUAGCGUCCCGGUCCCUGUGCAGGCUCACUUCACCAGGAAUAGAACAUAAAGAGACCGAGGACCAUGCUGAGGGCUUGUCUGAGAGGAGCUCAUGCCACAGCCCGGAGGAACUGUGGGAGAACCAACCUGCAGCACUGCCGGCACUACACAGCAGGAGAGACCAGUGGUGGUGCUGGUGCUGCUGCUGCUAAAGUGCUAGCUGCUGGCUUGGUGACUGUAGGCGGUGGCAUCGGAGGAACAAUACUUUAUGCCAAAUGGGACCACAAGUUCAGAGCGGCGGUUGAGAAGAAUGUUCCAUACUCCGAUUGGCUGCUGGAUCUGGCUUUGGGACCUGCUCCUCGAGAUGGCGGCCUCCCACUCAAGAAUCAGGUGGAGAAGCCUCAGCCUCCAUCUAUGAUGGAAAGACAGAUGAAGGCCAAAGUCAAGUCAGAGAAAAAGCUGAAGGAGGAAGCAGAGAGCAGUCCCGUCCCAUCACAGCCUGCACAGAGCAUAGAGGAGGCUUCAGCACAGGCUACUCAUAUCAUCUCAGCCAUCAGUGAGAUCCAGUCAGUGCCUGCUCCAUGUGACACAGAGGCUCCGCCCUUCAAAGAAGAGUGCAAAGAGUGUCAUGACCACGAGGAAGCAGCUCACUCUGACUCAGAGUCGCCUGCAGCACCACAACCAAUGAAGGAGCGUCCAAUAGAAGAGGUGACAGCCAGACUGGCCCAACAAGACCAGGAGGAGCAGGACGUCGUAGCAUCCGUAUCAGCCAGCCUUGAAGACUCCCUGGCGAGCUCGGCUAAAGCGACACUGCAGGCGAUUGGAGCUCAGGAAGCCGCCCUGCAGGCCGUCACACAGCACAUACACAAACUGAAGGAGGCCAUGGAAGCAGAGGUUCCACCUGAGGAGAAGUCAGCCCAGUGGAAGGAUCUGGAAGUUGCUCUUGCUGACAGAAACUGUGCUGUAAAGGACGCUGGAGCGGCUCUGAUGAAAGCCAAUGAAGCGUUGGACAGUCUCCGGUCAGUGAUUGACGAGUCCAAGCGACUGAAGGUGUCCGCUGUGCGUCCUGUGGUUUUAGCUGCAGAGGAAAAUCUCCAUAAAAUGGUGGUGGACUUGGACAAAACCAUCGCUAAGGUGCAGUCUGCAGAGUCAGAAGCCAAGAUCGUCUCCCAGUACAGUGAACUGGUUAAUGAAGCCAAACAACAGUUCCAGAGGGAAGUAAGCAGCCUCACUCCAGACAUCCACGCCAACUGGAAGGGACUCACCGGGAAACUGUCGGUGGACGACCUGAACGCUCUGAUCGCUCACGCCCACCGUCGCAUCGAUCAGCUGAAUCGAGAGCUGGCUGAGCAGAGAGUCAGAGAGCAGAUCCACAUCGAUGCAGCGCUGGAGCAGCAGAAGCAGGAGGACCAGAAAGCUUUGGACAAAGCCGUGAACACCGGCCUGCAACACGUCAAGGAGGAGGCGCGACUGGAGCAGGAGCGGAAGCUGUCUGAGUUAAGGGAGGUGAUGGAGGCAGAGAUGAGGACUCAGCUCCGGCGUCAGGCAGCUGCUCAUACAGACCAUGUCCUCGAUGUCCUCAAAGUCCAGGAGCAGGAGCUAAAAGCUGAAGCUGAGCAGGUCCUGAGCAGUAAGAUGCUGGAUCAGGAGACUCGCUACCGUCAGCUGAGUCAGGAACAGCUGGAUAACUUCACUCUGGACAUGAACUCUGCCUAUGCGAGACUGAAGGGUGUGGAGGAAGCCAUCGACAGUCACGUGAUAGCAGAGGACGAGGCUCGUAAAGCUCACCAGCUCUGGCUCUCUGUGGAGGCUCUGGGCUUCACUCUGAAGACUGCCGAAGGUCAAUCCCCCAGCGUGCCACUAGAGGGCGGUGCACAGGUCGUGCGCGACAGCUGCCACGACAACGAGUUUGCCUUGGCUCUGGCGUCGGCUCUUCCAGAAGAAUCCCUGAAGCGCGGCGUGUACAGCGAGGCCGCUCUGCGCGCACGCUUCAACUCCCUGCGCUCACUAGCUCGCCGCGUCGCCCUCGUCGACGAAUCUCACAACUCCCUGUACCAGUAUUUCCUGUCCUUUCUUCAAGCCGCGCUUCUGUUUGAACCCAAACAGGAAGCUCCACCCAGCAGGCUGAGCGGCGAGGACCUGGAUACGUUCAAGCUCCUGUCGUACGCCAGUUUCUGCUUAGAGCACGGGGAUCUGGAGCUGGCAGCUAAACUGGUGAACCAGCUGCGAGGAGAGGCCAGGAGAGUGGUGGAGGACUGGCUGACUGAAGCCAGACUCACACUGGAAACCAGGCAGGUGAUCUCUCUGCUCUCUGCUUAUGCAAACGCUGUGGGUUUAGGAACCACUCAAGCUCCAUAGGCUCAUUACGACUCAACCUGAGAAUACUUAAAGGAACAUUCCACUGAUAAUCUGUGGUCGAGCCACAUUUCCACCAAGCAGUUCAGUUCCUUACACUUCUCUUUGUUUGGACUCUGGGAGCCUUCUGUUGGGAAACUUAAAGGGUUGAUUAAAGUGAAGUGGUCAACAGAAAACCUUUUCUAACCCGUUUCCUAUUCUAAACCGUACCGUACUGAACUGAACCACUUGUUGGAAACACGGCUCAGUGUACGCUUGAUAGAUAUCACUGGUUUAUUCCUUUAAAUUAGCUGACAUUAACCAAGAAACGGAUGUUAAAAUUCAACAUAGAUUUAUUGAUUUUUCAAGCACUAAGUCACUGUGGACGAUUUAAUGUAAAUUAUAAGAUUCAUGCACCCUGCUAAUGAUAGUUCAGGCCCACAGGUUUGGAUCAGGUAUUUAUUUCUGGAUAAUUGCUUUGUGUAUCAUGGAGAAAAAAAACCUACAUUUGAUUAAAGAAUGUUUCCGCCUGGCAUUUUAUUUUUGUUUGUACCUCACAUAGUAAAAUAAAACCAUGAACAAGAA